AUGUCAAACACUGAUCAAUUCAAACCCAAAAUAAUCUCUAAUCCAGAUGGAACAUACACGCGCCUCAUAAAAUUUCCAAGCACUGAUGCCGACUCUACCUCCGCCACUAACCCAGUACUCUCCAAAGACAUCCCUGUAAACCCUAAGACCCAAACCAUGGUCCGAUUCUUCCUCCCCCGGAAUGUCCUUGGCUCAAAAACCAAACUCCCUCUCAUAUUUUACUACCACGGCGGUGCGUUUCUCUAUUGCAGCGCAACUACAACGGUUUUCCAUGAGUUCUGUUCCAACAUGGCUUCGGAACUCCAAGCUAUUGUAGUAUCCGUUGACUACCGUCUCGCCCCCGAACACCGCCUCCCUGCAGCCUACGAGGACGCCGUAGAUGUGUUGUACUGGAUCAAAACCGCAGAGGAAGUAUGGGUAAGAGAGUUUGCUGACUUCUCAAGCUGUUUUCUAAUGGGUACUAGUUCUGGUGGAAACCUAGCUUACCAUGCAGGGCUUCUUGCUGGUGAAGUUAGUGACCAACUUAGGCACUUGAAAAUCAAAGGACUCAUACUGCACCAUCCCUUCUUUGGUGGAUCCGAGAGGACCGAAUCGGAGCUGAAGAUGGAGCAUGAUCGGGUUUUGCCACUCCGGGCAAGCGAUGCGGCCUGGAAAUUGGUGUUGCCUAUAGGUGCUGACCGUGAUCAUGAGUAUUGCAACCCAAUGGUGGUUGACAGAAAUGAUGCUUGGGGUGCGAUGAGGGCCGUGGAUUGUAGGGUUUUGGUUUUGGGUUGUUAUGGAGAUCCGAUGAUUGACCGGCAGAUGGGGUUGGCGAGAAUGGUAGAGGAGAAGGGUGUGCAGACGGCGACCCACUUUGGCGAUGGUUGUCAUGGUUUGGAAAUAACUGACCCGUCCAAAGCUCCGGGUUUAUUUGCCGUGUUGAAAAAUUUCAUAUACUAG